UCAUGCCGCUCAGAGAAGGCAUGCUCAACAGCUCCGUCAAAACCGGCAAUGAGUCAGGAUCCAAUAUGUCUGACAGUGGAUCUGUGAAGAAAGGGGGAGAAAAGGACCUUAAGGUCGGAGAUCGAGUGCUGGUUGGCGGAACUAAAACAGGAGUAGUGCGUUAUGUGGGAGAGACUGACUUUGCCAAGGGCGAGUGGUGUGGAGUGGAGCUGGACGAACCAUUAGGGAAAAACGAUGGAGCUGUAGCUGGAACCAGAUAUUUCCAGUGCCCGCCUAAGUUUGGCCUCUUUGCUCCAAUUCACAAGGUAAUCCGCAUUGGCUUCCCAUCCACCAGUCCAGCUAAAGCUAAGAAGAGCAAGCGUAUGGCAAUGGGUGUGUCAUCUCUGGCUCACAGCCCCUCCAGCUCCUCUAUCAGCUCUGUCAGCUCUGUGGCCUCCAGCGUGGGGGGGCGACCCAGUCGCACUGGCCUGCUGACAGAGACAUCGUCGAGGUAUGCGCGGAAGAUCUCUGGGACAACGGCUCUGCAGGAAGCCCUGAAGGAGAAACAGCAGCACAUUGAGCAGCUCCUGGUCGAGAGAGACCUGGAGCGGGCCGAGUUCGCCAAGGCAACCAGCCAUAUCUGCGAAGUGGAAAAAGAGCUGACGGCACUGAAGGCCCGACAUCUGCAGUAUGCAACAGAGGGAGAGAGCAACCUACAGCAAGUCCGAGCCCUGCUGGCAAGCACACAGAAAGACAAAAUGGAACUGGCCAAUCAGCUUGAAGAAGAGAGAAGGAAGGUGGAAGAUCUUCAGUUCAGAGUUGAGGAAGAGUCCAUUACCAAAGGAGACCUGGAGCAAACUACAGUUGAGGAGAAGAGUCGUGUUAUGCAGCUGGAAGAGGAAUUGGCGUUGCGCAAGGCUGAGGUUGAGGAGCUCCAGGCUCGGCUUCAGAGAGGCUCCGCCGGUCCAGGCACAGACACUGGAGACAGCAGACCAGGCAUAAGCUCAGAGACUCUGGUUUUGCGAGAACAGCUUCUCUCUGCAGGUCGUGAACGCCGUGAAGAGAGCAACCAGCUGCGCGAGAGGUACGAAGCAUCUUUGAGCAGCAGCCAGAAAGAAGUUGAACGCCUUAAAGCCACCACAGAACGUCAGGGCCAAGAGAUCUCCGACCUGAAGCAAAGACUUCAGCAAGCCACUCGUGAAAACAUGGAGAUGAUGGACAGCUGGAAAGCCAAACUUGACACUUUGGUCGGAGACCAUAAACGCGCUCUAGAGGAACUAAAAGCCUCGCUAACAGGAGAUCGUGACACCAGUGGAGCAGAGGGGGAAGGAACCACACCUGAGAUGAGAGUAGCUCUAGAGAGCUUAAAGAUGGAGCAGCAAUUGGAAUUAGUGAACCUGAAGGCCAAACAUGAGAUCGAUGCUGUCGUGAUGGCCAAAGAGCGUGAAGAUCUACGUGCCCGACUUCAGGAAUUGCGGGACCAGCUAGAGGAGAGUGAGGAGAACUGGAAGAUCCAGGUGGAAGCCAAGAGCAACCAGCAUUCUCUGGAGCUCAAAGAGGUCUCAGAGAAGCUUCAAAAGGCAGAGCUGAGGAUCAGCGAGUUGGAUAAGUCCCAUGAAGAGCAGGAAAAGGCCACCCAACUUCUCAAAGAGCAGCUAGAGCUGGCUGAAAAGAAGAUGGUAGAUUAUGAGGCCCUGCAGAAGGCUGAAGCUCAGAGCCGAGCAGAGAUCCUCUCUCUGCAGGAGAAGCUGAGAGUCAGUGAGAACCGACUCCAAGCUGUAGAGGCGGAUCACACCAGCCAGGAUGUUAAUAUGAUCGAAAAUAAUGACAACUCUGAAGAGAAGAUUAAACUAAAACAGAAUAUGGAAGCAACCCUGGAGAAACUCACAAAAAGGGAAAAAGAAGUAUCCACUCUAACAACCCAAGUAGAUGCCCUGAAGUCCCAAAUAACUGCCUUGGAGGAAAAGAUUUGUUUGGGAGAGAAGGCGGCAGAUGGACUCGUUACGGAAAAGACACGCUUGGAGGCAGAGCUGGAGUCCAUGACCAAGAAAUCUCAUGAUGCAUCAGGCCAGCUGGUGGUUAUUAGCCAGGAGCUUCUGAAGAAAGAGAGGAGCCUGAAUGAGCUUCGGGUGUUAUUGCUGGAAUCUCCGCGUCACUCAGCGGGAGUGGAUUGGGAACUCAGCCGUGAAGUCCACAGGGCCGAGUGGAGGAUGAAGGAGCAGAAACUACAGGAUGACAUCAAAACCCUCCGAGAUAAACUUUUGCUGCUGGGUCGGGAGAGGUCGUCUCCAGACCAUCGUCGAUACUCGAUGAUGGACCCAUCUGCUUCAGACACAGAGGUGGCCCAUCUGCGUCAAAGGCUGCUGAGCACAGAAGAUGCCCUGAGGAACGCUCUGGAACACAACCAACACGUGGACCAGCUAGUGCAGGCCAUGCGCACCCGUCCGGACAAGAACCAGGCACAUGCUGGUGCAAACUCUGCAAACGGAAUCCAUCAAGAAGACACUUCCUUCACACAGGGGGAAGAACACUGAUGAGGGCUAAAACAGUUCUCAGGUGUUUAGGGAAGAAUGGAGGUGUAUUGGGAAAAGAUGAAGCCAAUUUGAUGCCUAGACGUUUGGACUAAUGCUUCACUGGACAUCUCAUCUUCUGUUUACAGUUAACACCAAAACAAUGACUUUAUAGAGGAACAAACAGAAACCACAAAUCAACGAGUAUCUAAAAUGACCUGAGAUGCUAUAAAAAGACAUAACGGAAGUGGUUUUUAAGGUCAUUGGUACAACACGGACAAACUGAAAGACCGACCCUGUAGACUACCUCCGAGAUGGACAGUGAUGUCUGACUUAACAAAUGAGAGAAUGUUGGUCAGGAUACUUGAAUCCUCGGAAAAACCAAUACCCUGCUAUACUCUCAGUUGGCUGUAACAGUUUAGAAAACAUUUUUGGCCUCAAUUUAUACGGUUUAAUUUAUUUGCCAUUUAUGCUUUUUAAAAAUGGUAUAUUCAAAGAGAUAAACUGGCCAACUCCCAGCAAAAGGUUUGAAGGUCUUGGGCUGGUCACUGGUCACUAGAUACUGUAGCAAACAAGUAAAUUAAACAGACAGGCUCCGUUAUUCUAUACCUGCUCAUUUCUGUGUUGAUUUUAGUUUUUUUGAGACAUGAAUUUUAAAGUAUGAAUUAUACAGUAUUCGGCAACCAUGUUCAGCAGAAUUAGCUAGUUAAGAUGCACCGUGAAGCUUCAAGAACCAGUAUUGCAGUUUCAGUCAAUAUUAGUGCAUACCUUUUUAAUAUUAUUAAAAUAUUAGCAUACAAUGGCAACUCCCAACCUGUAGUUCAAUUCAAAUGAACAUCGAACCAACAGCGUUUGUUUCUGUUUUUGAAUCAUUUGCUGAGUCAUUUAAUUUUUUUAAAUCAGUUGGAGGUGAGAAUUGGAGAAUAUUUUCUUGAUGGGCUUAAGAGGAGGUAUUACAUGCACAAGUGACAUGAAUUGAACAAUUUUGAGACUCUAUGAACUAUUUUGCAUUGAAAUGACAUUUUGAUCAUAUAGCAAGUGUUUUACCAUUUUGCUCAAAUGAUAUUGCUGGAUUUUCAUUAGCAUUUAAUUUUAUCUUUAGAAAAGUGUGAAAAGCAUGUUAAUUAACAUGCACACAUCAUUUUAUUUAAUGCAGUAAAAAAAUAGGAUAUUUUAAAUUUUUGUCAUAUGCAGGGAUCACCUCUAGUACCUCCCCUUAAAAGAUCAAAGAAGACUGUUUAGCAUUUUCUCUCUGAUCCGAUUUCUCUGUCUGUCCAGAUCUUUGUAGUAACAAAUCUGAUGUUAAAACAGAAACGGUACAAAACAUAACUGCAAUCCCAUAAAUCAGUGUCUGCUCAUUGGUAUUCCGGAAUUUACUCUCUCCUUUGAAAAACCAUGUGGAUGAAAUACUGUGCAAUUAGGUCACGUUUGUUCUUUAAGCAACUUUAUACUGAUGUGAUUGCCAUUAGAACCAAGAAAGCAUUUGUUUUCAAAAAGAAUAGGGAAAAUGAUAGGGCUGGCCCCAAGUUUUGCAGUUGAAAUGUCUUUAGAUUGCAGCUGGAUUCGAUAAAAAGGCCUUUUAUCUGUUGGGAAACUCACUCACCACUUGCUGUAAUGGUUCCCAAGAAUCAGUUAUUAAAAAUUAACA